AUGGCUCUCGCCGGCCCGCUCAACCUCGGACUCCUCUCCGACCUCCCCGGCCUCCGCCACCUCAGCUUCAUCAACAACAGCUUCGACGGCGGCAUGCCCGACAUCACCAAGCUGCCGGUUCUCAAGUCCAUAUACCUGUCAGGGAACCGCUUCUCCGGCCAUCUCAGGGAUGAUCUGUUCCAGCCGAUGCGGGCGCUGAAGAAGGUGUGGCUUUCGCGCAACAACUUCUCCGGCCAGAUCCCCAGUUCUCUCAUCUCGCCGGAGAAGCUGAUGGAGGUGGGUCUGGACGGGAACAUGUUCGAGGGGGAGAUUCCACCGCUGUGGCAGCCGGACCUCCACCUCGUCAAUGUCGCCUUCAACGAUCUCGAGGGCCCGAUUCCCGCCGGUCUCGCCAACAUGAGCACCACCUUUUUCCAAGGCAACAAGAAUCUCUGCGGCCUUCCUCUUGCAGUUGUAUGCUCGCCGUCGUACUCCGAUAAGAAGCAGCUCUCCCCUGUUCUCAUCGUCGGCGUCAUCCUGAUCUCAAUUAAACUUUUGCUACUACUCAUCAUGCUCAUCACCUGCCUCCUCCAUCGCCUCCGAUUGCAGAAAGAAGCCGCCGAACAGCCUCAGUCCGGCGAAGCUGAAACCAUCGAUCGUUUGAAAGCCGUCGGUGUGCAGGCCGGAGCGGGAGCGGCAAUAACAGAGCGCCGCCAUGGGGGGAGCAAGAAGGUUCCGAAGAAAGAACAGGGGAAACUGUCAUUCGUCUCGGAGGAGAGGAGGAACUUCGACCUCUCGGACUUGCUCCAGGCAUCCGCCGAAGUGCUCGGCAGCGGAAACUUCGGCUCCUCCUACAAGGCUUCCUUGAUCGACGGCCCCGCCGUCGUCGUCAAAAGAUUCAAGGAGAUGAAUGCGGUGGGGAGAGAAGACUUCCAAGAACACAUUGGGCGGCUGGGGAGGCUGUCUCACCGUAACCUCCUUCCUCCGGUCGCCUACUACUACCUUAAGGAGGAGAAGCUGAUCAUCACCGACUACGUUCCCGGCGGAAGCUUGGCUCACAUGCUUCACGGCAACGUCGGCCCGGAACCUCCGGUGUUGGAUUGGCCGGCGCGUUUAAGGAUCAUCAAAGGGAUAGCAAGGGGCCUGGCUUACCUCUCCGAGGAGCUCCCGACGCUGACGCUCCCCCACGGCCACCUCAAGUCCUCCAACGUGCUCCUCGACCCGUCGCUGGAGCCCUUGCUCACGGACUACGCCCUCGCGCCGGUGAUGAACAAGGCCACGGCUUCCCAGGUGAUGGUGGCCUACAAGUCCCCGGAGUGCGCCGGGCACGGCCAGCCCUCCAGCAAAAGCGACGCCUGGAGCUUCGGCAUCCUCGUGCUCGAGAUACUCACCGGCAAGUUCCCGGCCACGUACCUGAGAGACGCCGCCAGCGCCGAUUUAGUCAGCUGGGUGAGCUCAGUGGUGAAGGAGAAGCCGGCCAGCGAGGUGUUCGACAAGAACAUGAACGAGAAGCAAGAAGGAGAGAUGUCCAAGUUGCUGCACCUUGCACUGGCCUGCUGUGAGACGAAGGUUGAAGAGAGAAUGGAGUUGAAGGCUGCACUUGAAAAGAUCGAAGAGUUGAGAGGAGAGGAGAAUUAUGAUGAUGUUGAUAAUUGUGUGAGAAACAACAUUGAGAGGGAACGAUAUUCCUCAAAAACAGUCUCCGGCCAUGAGCUUUCUUUAUCUAGAUAAUUGAUUGGGAGUGACUGAAUUCAAAACAAUUUGAAAACGACGGCAUUUUUUUAACUGAAUUGUGCAUUCCUAUUACGCCUCUCUCCUUUCGUUUUCAUCGAUCUCCUUUACAAGGCUGCAAGUAUAAAAGUUGGAUCGAAAUUGUGGGAGAAGCGAGCUAAUGUUAGAAGCCAAGCUUCAUGAACU